AUGGGAGGUAUAAUCCUUCUCACUGUGUUACUGCCCAUUGUGGCAUUGGCAGGAACAAUACUUGGAGCAAUGCUUGUUGUUCCGACUUUGUUAUUCAAGCCUUUAUUUGAUAUAACACUUUUGCUCACCUUAUUGCUGCCAAUUGGGGUUAUUCUUAGUCCUUUACUUAUUAUUCCCGCUUUAUUGGUCAAACCUGUAUUUGAUAUAACAGUAUUAGUAACCUUGUUACUGUCAAUUGUGGCUACGAUUGGAACAAUAUUUGCUUCAUUAGUUGCACUCCCCACUUUAUUGGUCAAACCAGUCUUUGAUAUAACAGUUUUGUUUAAAAUGUUUGAGUUAGAUUCUGUUGUAUUGAUACUUAUUUUGAUAUAUCUAAUAGUCAGGCGAUCCAGAGAAAACUCUGAGCCAACUCAUAAUACUAUUACCAACAAUAGCAGUAAGUUACUAUCCCUUCCAGAUGAAUUAUUUAUUGAAAUAAUGAGUUUAUUGAACCAGCUCGACAAAAUGAGUCUCUCACUUGUAAACAAGAGAUUGAAUAGCUUGGCAAGGGUAAGUUUGUUGAGAGUGAUUUACGUUAACAAUGGAGGCCCAAGAAUCUUAAUAAGAAGAGAAUUCAACACCUUGUUUUAUCUAAACCAUACUAUAAUUACAGAGAUGCAAUUUAAAGAACUACUCAAUUCAGACAAGAUACAUAAUGUCAAAAAGAUUGAAUUUUUCAGCGACAUUGUAUCAUAUAAGAAUUUAGAACUUUUGUCAAAGAGUAACGUAGUCGUCACUUUCGAACACAAAGAAGGUACCACAUUGACAAAUUUAAAAGGUAAGUUAUCUGCAAAUGGGUUUUCCGUAUUGGACGUUAAUGACUUUCUAUUGAAAGAGGCUUCAACAUCAACUAAUUUAUCAAUAGAUUGCAGUGGAAUAACUGUGUUUCGAAAAAUAUCUCCGAAGUUGAUUCUAAAAUCUUUGAAAUUACGACACAUAAACUUGGCAAACUUACUUCUUUAUCAUAAUUUUGAGCCAAUUGACGUCAAAAAGGUAUUCUUGGGGUUUGAAGAAAAAACCCCAUCAAUUAUCCCAGUAGCAAAAAUAUUCAAAUUAAACAAAAUCGAGUCCCUUGAAAUUAGUUUUGAAACAAAACCAUCUGAAGUUGAAAUGCUGCAAUUUAUGUCACAGCUAGUAUCGUUAAAACAUCUAUCCAUAAUGUCUCAGAAUUUCAGAUUUGAUAGAGCACUAAACUCUUUGGAACCCAAUAGUCUUGAAUCAUUUCAUGUUAUUGUCAUGGGCAGAUAUGAUACCUUCCUGGCACAAAUCGUAGCAGAAAUCCUCAAAAACCAAUCAGAAUCAAUAGGAAGAAUAUGCUGGUCCAAUAGGCGAUUAAAUGUCAGACAAAAAACAUACGGGUUGAAUGAUUUUGAAAGAGUGUACAACGUAGACGCAGUUGCAAAAGAUCAAGAUAUUGCUGAAAUCAGAACUUUGUUUAGUAAUGGAUUUUCCCACUUGAAAAAUGUCAUUCUGAAUGAAUCGCACUACAAAGUUGAUCGAAAGGAUUCACAUAUAGAUGUAGUAUUGAUAAAUUGA